AUGUCUACUGCCGAGCGCGCUUCGUCCUACGCGGCGCUGAUCCUCGCCGAUGAGGGUCUCGAUAUCACCUCCGACAAGCUCCAGGCUCUGAUCAAGGCCGCCGGCAUCGAGGAUGUUGAGCCCAUCUGGACCACUAUCUUCGCCAAGGCUCUGGAGGGCAGGGACGUCAAGGAUCUCAUGGUCAACGUCGGCUCUGGUGGCGGUGCCGCCGCCCCCGCUGCCGGUGCCGCCGCCGGUGGUGCUGCCGCCGCCGACGCUCCCGCCGCCGAGGAGAAGGUUGAGGAGAAGGAGGAGUCGGACGAGGAUAUGGGUUUCGGUCUCUUCGACUAA